AGUACGGGCGAAAGUAUUUGCAACAUAUAUCUACGAAACGACUUAGUUGAGGUAUAAAACGGGGGGACGCAGUGGCCUGAGUACACUCCAGCGCUCGCUGAUCUACAAGCAAGGCGAAAAUGAAGCUAUUGAGGUCGUCCUUAAUCUUGGCCGUGGCUUUAAGCCUGGCCACGGCAGAGGAGAAGGUGGCGAAAGACACAAAGGCUGAACAAACUAAUGCUGUAGAAGACAAGAAACAAGAGAAGAGAGGUCUUUCUGAAUGGUACGGCAACAGCGGCGCUGGCGGUGACUAUGGACAUUCUGAGAUCGGUCACGGCGACUACGGCGGCGACGCGGGAGGAGACUUAGGAGGUCACGGAGACUUGGGAGGCCAAGGAGAUUUGGGAGGCCACGGGCUGGAAGGCCACACCGAAGAACACGUGCACAAAACCGUCACUGUUGUCAAGAAAGUGGCCGUUCCGUACCCAGUGGAGAAACACAUCCCAGUUCCCGUCGAGAAGAAAAUCCCCUAUCCAGUGAAAGUGCCAGUGCCUCACCCUUAUCCCGUCGUGAAAACCGUGCACUUCCCAGUGAAGGAGUACAUCAAAGUGCCCGAGUACAUCCCUAAGCCGUACCCAGUGACCAAGCAUGUCCCUGUCCCGGUCAAGGUUCACGUCGACAGGCCCGUCCCGGUUAAGGUCUACGAACACGUGCCGUAUCCAGUGGAAAAACACAUUCACGUGCCAGUCAAAGUGCCCGUGCCACAGCCCUACCCAGUGGAAAAGGAAGUCCAUGUCCCAUACAAGGUCCCAGUCAAAGUGCACGUUCCCUAUCCAGUGGAGAAGGUCGUACACUACCCAGUGAAGGUGCCAGUCGACAACCCUGUCCCGGUUCACGUGGAGAAACCCGUCCCAGUGCCCGUCGAGAAGCCUGUCCCGUACCCCGUGGAGAAGAAAGUGCCUUACCCCGUCAAAGUGCCCUACGACAACCCUGUGCCGGUCCACGUUGAAAAACCAGUGCCUUACCCCGUCAAGGUACAUGUUCCUGCUCCUUACCCAGUAGAAAAGGUGAUCCCCUACCCUGUAGAGAAGAAAGUGCCCAUCCCGGUCAAGAUUCCCGUGGACAGGCCUUACCCAGUCCACAUCGAAAAGCACGUGCCCUACCAUGUUGAGAAGCAUGUGCCUUAUCCAGUCAAAAUCCCAGUGCCAAUUGUACAUGAGGAGAAGCAUGAGAGCCACGGCUGGGAAGGCUCUUCAGGGCUGGAGAGCUACGGCGGGGAAGGUGGCCACGAGGAAUACCACCAUUAACAGAACUGAUCUCUUUUUAGUGUUUUU